AUGGGUACGUUCGAUCUUUUGCAGCAACUGUUGUACGCAACCGGUAGAAUAGUACCAGCUUUAUUAUCCCGUACUGCAAUCCGAGCGGUACCAUGCUCACUGCGUGCCUACUCGGCUCGGCGGCCCGGGUUCUUCACGCAGGUUAUCGAUAAUAUCAAGCAGGAGAUAGAGAAGAACAAGGAAAUGAAGGAUAAUCUGAAAAAGUUCCGCGAGGAAGCGCAAAAGCUCGAACAGUCGGACGCACUGAAGGCCGCCCGGCAAAAGUUUAACACGGUCGAAUCGGAAGCUUCCAAGAGCAGUGAGGUGUUGAAGGAUAAUAUUGACAAAAUACGCGACCGCGUAACGGAAGUGAUGGAUGAGGCGGCCAAGACGGACUUGGCUCGGAAAGCGGGCCAGCUGGGUGAGGAGUUAAGCAAAACGGCACGCGGUGUAGGUGAAACACUGGCUGAGAAGGGUCAAGUUUUGGGCCAGUCCGGAGCAUUUCGGGGGAUUAGUGAAACGGCCAAAGUGGUGCGGCAGGAGAUGGACAACCAGGGUAUAGAGGCGCGGGUAUACCGCAGCCCGGAGAAGUUACGGAAGCGUGUGGAAGUUUCACUCGCGACGGAUCCUUCGCGAGUGGUGGAACCGAAUGCGGAAGCAACCGGUAUGGAGCUGCACAAAGACAGCAAGUUCUACCAGUCGUGGGAAGAUUUCAAGAACAACAAUCAGUACGUGAAUAAGGUGCUCACGUGGAAGAUGAAGUACGACGAGUCGGAGAACCCAAUGAUUCGGGCGUCCCGACUACUGACGGACAAGGUGAGCGACAUCAUGGGCAACCUCUUCUCGAAAACGGAACUUUCGGAAACGCUGACAGAGAUCUGCAAGAUAGAUCCGAACUUUGACCAGAAGCAGUUCCUGCGGGACUGUGAGAACGAUAUAAUCCCGAACGUGCUGGAAUCGAUUGUCCGGGGCGAUCUCGCGGUGCUGCGGGACUGGUGUUUCGAAAGCACGUACAAUAUUAUCGCGACGCCUAUCUCUAUGGCACAGAAAGCCGGCUAUCGACUCGAUUCCAAGAUACUGGACAUUGAAAACGUGGACCUGGCGAUGGGCAAGGUGAUGGAGCAGGGCCCGGUUCUGAUUGUGACCUUCCAGACGCAGCAGAUCAUGUGCGUAAGGGACAGUAAGGGUGCGGUGAUCGAGGGUGACCCCGAGAAGGUGAUGCGGUGCCAUCAUGUGUGGGUACUGUGCCGCGACCCGAACGAGCUCGACCCGAAAGCGGCCUGGCGGUUAAUGGAAAUGUCCGCCAGCAGCACGGAACAGUUUGUGUAA